AUGCUGAACAGACCAGGUAGGAAAAGAGACCGAAAUAAUAAUCAACCACAAAAAGCUAUAAAAUUGAGCUUGGAAGAUUGGGGAAAAUUGGAAGAAUUGGAAACUGUUGAUGAGGAAAGUAUUUUAAAACAUCUCCAACAAUUAGGUGAAAGUGUUAAGAUAAGGACUACCGAUAAUGUUUAUAUAAAGUUACAAAUCACCCAACCUGAAGCUCAAUAUUUAGAAGAAUUCCAUCAACAGAUCAAUGAAAAUCUAAAGCAAUAUUUCGAUGUACCUGAUAUAUUGAUAUCUGAUUCAAUACCUGGAGUUAUUGAAAGAUUUAUAACUUUGAAUGGUAAAUUGAAAUCUGUUAUCAGAGCUACAUUAUAUUUGACUUACAAAACAACUGAUGUCAAUAACAUUAAUCAUGAAGGUAUCAACCUUGAAACAUUAUUCUUCCUCACAUUCUACCUUCAAGAUACUAUGGAUAGUGAUAGACUUCGACAAAUUGAACAAAAGGCUAAAUUCAGUAAGUUGAAACAAUUCGAAUUAACUAAACCUAAUCAUUUCUCCCCUUCAGGAACUUAUAUUCUGAUCAUUGAUAUAAAAGGAACGUUUGAGACGAUUUUUGAUUUCUUAAGCUUCACUUUAGAAUCAUCUCCUAACAAACUGAAUUAUAUUGAAGAUUCUAAAAUUUGGUGUAUCCCAGUGAUAUUUAAUGAUUCAGAGGUUACAAAGAAUCAAGAUGUUAAUAAAGAUUUGAUAUCCAACAGUAUCAAACAAUCAUUAAGUCAUAUCUAUGAAAAAUCAUUCAUAGAUCAAAUAGAUAAAGUGCAAUGA